UGGAUGGCAGCCAGCCUGGUAGCACCAGCUUAUGCUUCUCUUAAUAGCGAGAUGUCGGUUGUGUUUCUCCUUCCAAUAUUUUUGUCAUCUUUAUUUGGCUCUGACUUCGCGUUGAAAAUGACCCCUGAGGAUCAUCUUAUUCGACAUCUGCUGAACACCACACGCUACUCGCCGCGGUUCCGCCCGGUUAGGGACGUUAAAGAAGCUCUCGUGCUUAGACACGGCAUGAUGCUGAAAACGAUAGUCGCAGUCGAGGAAAAGAAUAUGGUUUUCACGACCAAUGUUCGCCUUCGAAUGGGAUGGAAAGAUGCAUUCCUCCAGUGGAACCCCGCUGACUAUGGGGGAGUGACGCAGAUCAAUCUUGAAGCCUCCGAUAUUUGGACACCACCGGUGAUCAUAUACAACCAGGCUGGCGACUUAGGAGAAUCCAUCACCUCGUCUAAUACUCCUCGUCCGGUGGUCAGGUCGGAUGGGACAGUGUUGUGGAUGGUCCCGACGGUCAUAAAGAGCUCUUGUGUUAUCGACGUCAAGUAUUUCCCUUUCGACCAGCAGCUAUGCAAGAUCAUCUUCGGGUCAUGGCAUUAUGACGUCAGCAAGCUUGACCUCCAGCCCUUGGAUGGUAAAGUGGACACCACAAGGUACAUCACUAACUCGGAAUGGAAGCUGUUGAGUGCCACUGCGGUACGGACCCAAGUGUCGCACAUCUGCUGCCGGCAGGAAGUAGCUCGCAUAACCUACUCCUUGCACAUCGAGAGACGGAGACUCUACUAUAGCAUGAACUUCAUCUUGCCAUGCACCAUCAUCGCGUUCCUGAUGUUGUUGGUCUUCAUGACCCCAGAUAACACCGGUGAGCGAAUGGCUGUGGGGGUCACCAUUCUCUUGUCCCUCGCCGUCUUCUUUCUCAUGCUCGAGACCAUCAUGCCGAUCUCCCAGAUGCUGCCCUUGCUCGGCAAGUAUUACUGCUGCAUCAUCAUCGAGGGUGCAGCCGCACUGGGGGCCAUGAGCGGGGUGCUACGAUACAUCCACCACUCUCCCGACCCGCUACCACCAUGGGUCAAGAAAUACAUCUUGGGCCAUCUGGCAAGGCUGAUGUUUUACGAUAUGAGCCCCGCACCCCGAAAAAUACAAGUACAGAACUCAGAGGAAAUAGACCUGAAUGAGAAAGACGAGAAUACAAGACAACUGAAGUUUGCGGUCAAGUGGAGGAAACGUGUGAGGGAGAAAAAGCAAGAGGCCCUUCCUUCGCCUGAGACCCGAGCCAUUAUCAUAGUGGCGGAGAAAAUUAAAGAACAGGGGAAAACCGCUGAGCUGCAAGGACAGUGGGAGCAAGCAGCAAACGUGAUUAACCGGUUCCUAACCUGUUUAUUUUUGUUGUCGAUUCUCAUUACGAUAAUUGCGGUACUGGUACUCGAUGUACCCCGCUUUGAUUUUUCAAAGCAGUAAAAAUAACUCCCCUUGUUAGUCCGCACAUAAACUCCGAGAGUAAUAACAUGUGGACAUCCUGUGUUAUAAUACAUUAUCUUCUUGUGUUAGCCUUCCUGUAUUAUCAUAUCUUGGCUGCCUGUGUCACAUUGAUAAGUUAUCAAUAAGGUUUUAGCAAAACAUGAGGCAAUUGUUUAUAUUCAACGCAAUAUUUAUUGUUACCUGCACUAAUAAUAUCUUGCAUUUCAUGCAAAAAAAUAACCAAAAAGCACGUUAGAUGGACAAUGUAUAAAUAUGUUACCGGCUAUAAAUAUGACUUUUAAAAAACGAAUGGAAUAAUUGUUUUUAUAGUGACCAUUUUCACUUUUAAAUUGUUGGUGUUUUUAUUGAUCAAGAUGAAUAAAUAUCUUUCGCAUGCAA